AUGGCGUCCCAGGGCGGCAGCUCCCUGGGGCUCUUGGCCUGGUUCUUGCUUCUUCAGCCAUGGCUCGAAGAGGCCUGGGCAGGCAGGGUGGGUGCGCAGGAAGGCGUAGCACCGCUCUUCCCCUCCGCUCUCCCCUCAGGGCCAGGCGGCCAGGACCCCGGAACGAGCGGAUGGGAGCCGCCACCCGUAGGGGCUCCAGGAUCCCCAGUGGCCCGCCAGUCCAGGGGGAACGCGGUGUCCCCCGCUUCGGUGUUACUUCCCUCAGCCUGUGGCCAGCGGAUUUCAAGGAUAACUGGAGGAUUGCCGGCCCCAGACUGGAAGUGGCCCUGGCAGGUGAGCCUGCAGACCAGCAACAGACACAUUUGCGGAGGCUCCCUUAUCGCCAGGCGCUGGGUGCUCACUGCCGCCCACUGCAUCUCUGGCCAUCUGGAAUACACAGUGAAGCUGGGAGACACAAAUGUGCAUCAUCGCUCCAAAACAGCACUUGUGGUCCCAGUUCGUGACAUCGUUAUCCACCGAUAUUUUACGUCUCCUGCAAUAAUUGAAAAUGACAUUGCCCUUGCUCUGCUUGACUUCCCUGUGAAUUACUCCACGCACAUCCAGCCUGUGUGCCUCCCUGAACAGGCUUUCAUGGUGCAAGCUGAUACGAAGUGCUGGGUGACCGGACGGGGCAAAGUAAAUGAAACAGAAAAGAUAGUAACUGAGCUUCAGGAGGCUGAGCUAAGCAUUAUGCUUCAUGAGAAAUGUAAUGAGGUGCUCAAGGAAAAGAUGAGAAUGAGGAAUGAAUUGGUCAAGAAAGGGACCAUCUGUGGCUAUCAUGACCAAGGGAAGGAUGCCUGUCAGGGAGAUUCUGGGGGGCCCCUGGUCUGUGAAUUAAAUGGCACAUGGGUCCAGGUGGGGAUUGUGAGCUGGGGCGUUGGCUGCGGUCGCGAAGGAUACCCUGGAGUUUACACAGAAGUUAGUUUCUACAAGAAAUGGAUUAUUGAUCACCUGAGACAAGCUUCCUGUUUGAAUUCAACAGACUUCCUCAUCCUAGUCCUGUGUCUGGUGAUGCCCCUGGGCAUCCUGGUGACCCCGUGAUCAGACCCCAUUCCACUCUUCUGCUGUUUCUGAGUCUCACACUUAGGUGUCUCCUCUGACCAACCUCCCACCGCUUCUCAAUGCCUUUUCCGCAAAUCCCAGUUGGAAUCCACGGGCCCUCUGGAGAUCCGUACGAUAGAGCAUGGCAGGGAGACUGGGGCCUGGAAAGUGCCCCUGCCUGGUGCUCUGAUCACCUGCCUCAGCCAUGCCUGCACCAGGGCUGUGCUGUGGCUGGUGGGAAGGAGGAAGUGAACCGAUUCCAGCUAGAGGGCCAGCUGCCCUGUCAGCUGGGCCACGGUGACUCAUCAAUAUCUGGAGGAACAUCUAUCAAAGAAGAGACAUCAUCAAUGGUGAAGCAAGCGUUAGAUGGUUCUGGUUUCAGGGCUCCCACCUGAGACCUUGUGAGAGCAGCCAGCUGGGUGAUUGCUCAGAGAGAGUGAAGGAGGUGUUACCAGGUCCUUGCAGAGGUGUGAGGCCUGGGACUUCCACUCUGGCUUAGUUGUCUGGGGCUGGGAGAAGUUCCCCUGCAGCCCAGUGUGGAUCCAUCUGUGAGUGGACAGCCUCUGCCACACCAGCUCUCUUGGGGCAACCCAUUCUUGCAACUCUUUUCUCAGUGCCCUAGUGGCCACUUUCAGGGACACUACAAAUUGUAUUGAGUCUGUUAUGGGGUGUGGAGUUUUUGGAAAUCAACUAAAUAAAUGUUUGGAGAGUCUCC